GAGGGUCUCAGCUUCAGAAGCAGAAUAUACCGAUUUCGGUGGCACUGGUGAGGCGUGAAUCAAAUUAUCUGACCCGUGCAUAAUGGUGUUGAAAACUCCUCCGUCUCACUACAAUUUAGGGGAUUAACGCUUUUCGCGGUACACCUUGUACAUUGAUUGUUGCGGUGCCGACGCCAAACACAUACAGGCACCGCAGUAGCUACUCCGUCGGCAAAAUGAAGGGGCAGAGAACACUGAAAUCGAUUUCUGUCUUUUUCGUGUUUUGCCUGGGCUUGGCCUCUGCGAUUGUAUCGAGUGCUGCCUCAGGCAAUGAUGGGGGCGGAGGUAGGAUAGGAGAUAUCGCUGGCGCUUUGCGAGGGACGGCUCCGGAGACCGUCACGGUUCCGGAGAAUCAAGUGUGUUCAUCCUGGGCAGGUGUUAACAUCAAUCUUACCCAGGAGAAAACAGAGGCUCUUUUUCGGUGUGGCGAGAACACAACCCUUGCUCCUUUGCAAAUUCCCGAACCCAAGAUUUACGUGGAUGAAAACUGGAAGAAACCGACCACCCUGAAAACCGCUGUGCCAGGUGCCAAGUGGGACAAGGUUUCUGAGGAGGAGCCUAUUUACAGGCUUACACUUCCGCUCCACCGCGAGAAAAAGGAAACUCUUUAUUAUCGGUGCAAAUCAGCGGGCCUGAUCGUCGUCGAGAUUGUCCUGGUAUGGAUCAUUAUACAACUUGAUGCCCUAGACAAAGAGCAGAAGGACAAAAUCAAGGAAGUCCUCAACCAAAUCAAAGAAUUUGUCACGAAGGUAAAGGCGGCGCUGGCCACAGUCAUCGCUAAAAUCAGAGAGGCGAUACAACGCAUAAAGGAUCAGAUCAAAAAUGCCGUCGAACAGCUUCUGGAAGUACAAGGCGUAAAGGAGUUCCUCCAGAAAGUCUUCGAGGAACUCAAAAAAUAUCAGGAAGAGAUACAGCAGGCAAUCACCCAACUUGUCGAGAAAAUUCGGGAAAAGUUAGAACCGAUAAAGCAGGCAAUCGAAACAGUUGUAGAGAAAAUUAGGUCGCGGGUAACAGAGAUAGUGGAGCAAAUCACCAACAAGACUGGAAAGACUUGUAAAGUCACAAUCGAGGCCGAACCAGAGCCCCUGGCGACGACCGACGAUUCCACUAAAAUAUGCUCAGCAACCAACAAUGCCGUCUACAUCAAAAUUAGCCAGUCUGAAACCGAAGCUGUAUUUAAAUGUGGUGACAACCGCACUACCGUGGAGCCACAGCAAAAUGAAGAGAAGCCACAAUUCUGUAAGUCGGCAGACUGCAAAGAGACUGCAGAACUUGAAAAAACGUUCCCAGGGGCGUACUGGGACGAGAGAAACAAAAAAGCAAAUAUAUACAGACUGGUCAUUCCUACCGUGAGCAGAAAAGACACUCGGAUGUAUUAUAAAUGUAAAGGCGCUUCGGAUUCCGCCGACCCAUGCACAGUACUGAUAAGCGUUAAAUCUACAGAGACUGAUGAUGAUGAGGAAGAGGACGUGCAGGAGUGCACGGUGGGCACCGAGAAGAAAGUCACACUGUCCCCCACCGAUACCGUGAAAUUCAAGUGCAAUCUCGGAACAGUUGUGCACCCUCCGUUCUCGUCGGGGUCUCCGAAAGUCUUUGACGACUCCGAUGGCUCCUGCAGUGCACAGGCUAGCCUGACGUCUCUGGUAGAUGCCUCGCUCACGGAAGACAGUUCACAUGACAAGUACACAAUGUAUACCAUGAACCUGAACGCACGCCCAGCUGAGACGAAGAAUCUCUGUCUCCAAUGUUCCUCUGGAAAGCAGAACUGCAAAGUGCGCAUCCAUGUACCCGGCACCGAUAGCACCAGUUCAGGACCUGGGAGCUUGUCUGGGUUCCUGAGCUCUGUUGCCGGCCUUGUAGUCUGUGCGGGAUUUUUUCUCGUCUAUUGAUUGCAUGUAAUCACUGGUACCUACUUCGGUAUUCCCGCCGCAGUGUUACCCUGUAAUCUGCGUCAUCUUGCGGUUGGGUCUUCAGUGUCUAAUGUCAGUGCCAGCAAAGCCAUCUGGCUAGGCGUUUCAACACUGAGACACUCG